AUGUCUUUAAAUUCUAUCAAAGACACAAUUGGAGAAUUAAUUGGUAUUAAUGUAGAUACUUUCGAAAUUCAAGUCAAGGAUGAAUGUUUCAAGGACAUAUUUGUGUUAGACGAUGAAUAUUUAAAGGAAUUACACGAACGACUACCUCGUACAUCUAUAAGCCACCUUUUCGGUUCUAUUUUGCUAAAUCCUUUUUCAUCAGAUUGUUAUGAUCUCGAUCGAUGUGAGAAGGAAGCAAAAUCGAACGACUCUACGCAAGGUUUAUUGUUCGGAUGGAAUACUAUUGAUAACGAAAAUGAAACAGCAGAAGAGAUCAAUUUAAUUCAUGAUCAAGAAGAUAAACCUUCAAAUCCCGAAGAAUGGUUCGUUUCAACACCAGCAGAAGGAAACGCAGAUAUAUGCCAAUUACAUGAGUUCGAUUAUUCGUUUAAUUCUGCUUCAUCGUUAAUUGAUGUAAAUCAAAUAGAUUUACUAUCAUCAAACGACGAUAUCAAAAGACAUAUAUGUGAUUCCGACAUGUCAAUUACAGAAAGUAUUUCGGAAACAUUAUUUCCAUCUGAUGGCAACGAAUUAGAUUUCACUAAAAAUAUGAAUCAUGAGGCCCAAACAACUGUUCAAAACAGUGUAGAUACUGUUGUAAAGCAACCUGUUAGUAUCGAAGCUAUUCCAGUAGGAACAUCAUGUACAAGUUAUUAUGAACAAAACUCUGAUGAUCUUAACUUACAUCUCCCUGAUCAAAUUGCGCAACCGACAAUAUUUGUGGCAUUAUCAACUUCAUUACAAUUUGUACAUGAUGUCCAUCCUUAUCAAAAAACACAAUAUGAUACAGAUAUUUCUGAUGAGUUUAUAGACAAAAGUCGAUCACCAUAUGUUAUGCGUAUACAAGGAAUCAAGACAAUAGCAGACAAAGGAAAAAAUAUCUUGCCUCGAAUAAAAAUCCCAAAAGUUUAUACUUCUAUAAAUCAACAAUUAGUGAAACCUCUUUAUUUAAUGGUUGCUGUUGUGCGAGAGAAAAAGGUCAAUGAUAAACGAAUUUUGUAUCCAUGUGAAGAUAUACAGUUCUUACCUGCUCGCACGAACAAAAAUAUCGAAGCUGUAAAUCCAAUUCAAUUGAAUCUGAACUCACUGCCUAUAGAAUCUGACGGAACUUUUCAGUUAUCACUACGAUUAAUAAAUAAAUCAGUGCCAUCGCCAUCGGACCAAUCAAAAAGCAAGUUAUUCUAUCAACUCGAUGAAGAUAUAGUUAAAACUUUACAUCCUGCUCCAUACGAUCCAAGAUUUAUUCGACUUGUAUGUACACUUGUACAAAAUGAUCGGAUAGCAUGGAAUACUUUGUGUUUGUCUGAUUAUAUUCGUCCAAAGCAAGAAUUACAAACAUGA